GUCUCCCUCUUUGAAUGGUACAAUAUCAACAAUCGAAUAUAAGCAUACUAUUAUCACCGCUUCAACAAUCAUUGAUGGUACUCAUCCUUCCACAAUCAAUACUAAUAAUGAUGCCGGAAAUUCGGUCAACAACGCGUCCAAUGAAAUAAUUUCAUUGGAUCAAUUCCCUUUUUUAUCCGGAAAUUUGAAUAUUAACGUUAAUAAUUAUGCGGAUUCAACAACCAUUGAUAAUAUUCAUUCUUCCACGAUCAUUGAUGGUACUCAUCCUUCCACAAUCAAUACUAAUAAUGAUGCCGGAAAUUCGGUCAACGUGUCCAAUGAAAUAAUUUCAUUGGAUCAAUUCCCUUUUUUAUCCGGAAAUUUGAAUAUUAACGUUAAUGAUUCAACAACCAUUGAUGAUAUUCAUUCUUCCGAUACUAAUAAUGACGUCGGAAAUUCGAUCAACAUGUUUAAUGAAAUGAUUUCAUUAGAUCAAUUUCCUUUUUUACUUGGAAAUGUUGAUAUUAACAACGGAUUUUCUAUUAAUACCUCGAUCGACAAUUCUUCACAACCAAACCAAAUUCGUCACCAACCACUGAUAUCAUUACCUUCGUUACCUUCUAUGAGCAAUGCUAAUUCACCAAAUCUACCUUCUACAAACAACGACGAUUUUUUGUUGAUUAACACUGGUGAAAUCGACAAUGACAUAUGGGAACAAUUGCAAAGUAUUCUGUCCUCGAUGAUAUGA